AUGGUGUCGUUCUUUGGGCUCAACAUUGGGGGCAAGAAGAAGAAGCCCGACGAGAAGCCCGCCCAAGAGAAGCAGCCGCAACAAUGGAAGCGCAUAGAUCAAAACGCCCUGGGAGAAGGUCAAUUCUUCGGGCAGAACGCCAACCAACCGGGUGUUGUCAACGGGAGCAUUCGAUCCGUUUCCCGAACCGGCACUCCCCAACCGACACGCAGUGCCAGCAGUCCGUAUGCGAACCGAGACACCCAUAAUAUGGCCGUCGCCAGCAUGGCCGACUUGACUACUUCCGGCCCUGUGCGUUCGGGCGGCCAGGCGAGCGUCCUCCUCAGGCCUCACGCCUCCGAAGCGAAUAUCCGGACCCGAUUUGGCACGAACAACGGGUCCUCGGCGAGCCUCGCGGGUCCAGCGCCCGGCUUCGGAGCUCGAUUUGGCGCCAACAAUGGGUCUUCAACGAGCCUUGCCGGCCCCGGUCCCGGAUUCGGGUCGCGGCCGGGAACUGCAAGCGGUAAGGCGAAACCGUGGGUCAAUCCCUUGGAUGUCCAUUUCGCAAGGGACGCUCCCUCCGGUCCGCCUACGCCCAAGUCCCCGUACGCCGAUUCGAUACAGCUCCCGCAAACUCCUACCACGGACAACGGCGACACGGGGUCGGUGUUUGGUGAAGAGGCGGACGACAUGGUGGACGCUGUCAUGGCCUCGGUCAAAAAGCGGGAGCAGGAGGAGAAGGCUGCUAAGAGGAGGGAAAAGGAAUUAGAGAGGCGGAGGGAGACAGCCCGACUGGACAUGGAGAGGCUGGAGAGACAGAAGUCGACCGAGAGUACACUAACGGCGAGGGGCCCUUCGGCUCCACAUUCACCGCUGGAGCCACAACAAAAGCCUUUCGAAGAACUGGCAUUGCAGGGCCCCGUGUUCAGGGGCGACAUGGAUUCGAGACCUAGCAGCCGCCACGGGCCAGCACAGGCGCCCUCCUGGCACCAAGGGCCGCCUCCGACGGGCCCUCCAACGCAGUGUCUCCCCCAGCCGCCUGGCCAGGGGCCACCGCGCCAGGGACCGCUCGGCCCCGCUGGUGAAUGCCGCAGUGGGCGGUCACCACGGCCGGCUAUCAAUGGGCCCGGGCCAGGACCCGGACCCGGACCUCGACCGAAUGGUUCUGGUCCUCAGCAAUUCCGUUCUAAAGGCCCCUCUCCUGGCCCUCAAGGUACCCAGUCUCGUGCCCAAGGCCCGGCGCCGAAUGACCCCGCCGAGAAAGUCUUUCGCCCUUACCGGCCGCCUCCUCUGCAGGGCUCCGGUCCUCUCGGGCUGAUGUCGGAAGGACUCCGGUCACCAAGCCCUGCCCACAAUGCCUCCGGUAUCAAGGGCUAUCGCGCACAAAGUCCUGCGCUCCGAAGUCCGGCGGUACGAAGUCCACCUCCCAUUGAACACCAUGCCGCAGUAUUCAGUUCGGACCCGGAAGCACCUAGUAGCAGACGAGGCACGCCUGGUCCCGAAAGGCAGGGACUAGUACCACUGAUAUCCUCCUUGACUUCCCCAUCCACUGUGACCUCACCAGGUUCAAUUCGUCGACUGUCUGUCGAUGACGAACCAAUCGAGCCGUUUACACGGCCCGUCAUUAAAAAUGUCAUCGCAAAACGCGAUACUCUGACUUCUAGCACCCCUCGACAGCACAGCCUGUCAAUGAGGAUCGAAGAGUUGGAGAAAACACUUCUGGACGCGCAGCAAGCUCACCCCGUGCCAAAACUUCCAAUUCCGGAAGACAACAGAACCAGUACGAGCAGCAGCGUCUACAGCGACGGGAUUAAGGACGAGGAUGACGACGACGACGACGGUCCAAUCCUGUCAAUCCACCCAGCUCCGCUCCGCAUCAUGUCACCUCCUGUUCCCUCCCAUGCUACCGGCCCUGGUCCUGCACCUGGCGCCACCAUGUCCCCUCCGGCUCCCAUCCCUGCCGCCAUCGUCCGGCCGCAGAGCCCCAUGCGAGGUCCGCCGAGGCGGGGACCACUUCCUCGCCGCCCCGGCUUGGAAGAGUAUGGCGUGUCUAGCAAAGCAGUUAAUAGUCGAGGGGGAACACCUACUCCUGCCUCCAGGAGCGGCAGCAUCGACAACUACAGCUCGCACAGCUCUCCACCGUCAUGCACGAACACGCCCCAAGUCCGACAUCCCAACGUCAAACGCGACCUUACCCAACCCAGCCCAGCGCCGACGGUUGACACGCUCGAGCGAGCCCGCCCGAAUCCUGUAGUUGAUACGGGUUUCAAGUUUGACUUUGGCCCCGGCCCAGGAGUUAUCGGCCCACCCACCCCCGACUCGACCACAUGGUCGCUGGCGUCACCGGCUGGCGAUGUGGGCUCGACGCUGCCUCCCCCGACUUCUGACCCAUCUCAGGCACAGGGGAAGAGUGAAUUAUCGGCAAAGUUCACCCGCUCUCACGUCCCGGCCCCACUUAACUUGAAGUUUAACUUCUCCCCUGACGCCCCGUCGCGUGAUCCGACCUUGGGUAGCCCAGGGGGCAUGUGGACACCACCUAUUCGGUCGGCUACCGGAUCAACGAUGGACGGACGACCAUCCACCUCCGGCGGGCCUGGUGGGCCUGUAAGUGGCGGCGGGCUGGCCGCCUCACCGAGCUUCCUCUCCAAGUUUCCCGACCUAUCCGCGCAGGGAGACGAUGACCCGGCUGCGUUCAUGGGGAUCGGUAUGGCGCGGGGGCCGAGUAUUAGGGACGUUAGGAGGCCGAAGACGUCAGGAGCGAGGAAGCCCAAAUUGGGAACGAUUGAUUCUCGCGGGACGGGGUUCAUCUAA